UUCGCAUCUCGUCGCCCCCUCCUCUUUUUUAUCCUUUCCUCUGCGACCGCUCCCAAGUCCCGAAGACGAAAGAAAGAGAGAGAGAGAGAGAGAGAGAGAGAGAGAGAGGGGUUGGGAACUGCACAAAGGUAAAGCAAGAUAACGAGCGCGACGAAAAAGUUAGGUGCGACAGCGGUCAGUGGACCGUAGUAACUCCCCUCCCCCACUCUUCAUUAUUACCGAAAACAACCUCGAAGCUGUGACGACGACAGCAGUAACACCUCCACGCCCUCCGUUCCUAUUUAUUCCGUCACCCCUCCCAGAAGACAACCUCCUUCCCCAACAACCCCAACAGCUUCACUCGGAGGGUGCGCGGAAUACACAGAGGAGGCGAUGAAGGAGGUCGUCAUGUUGGAGGAGGAGAACGGAGGAGUGGUAGACCCUCGGCUGCAGGCCAUCAAGGCUGCCAUCCGUGUGGUUCCCCACUUCCCCAAGCCAGGGAUCAUGUUCAAUGAUAUUACGACCAUGCUGCUGCGGCCCAAGGUGUUCAAGGAUGCCGUGGAGAUCUUCGUCGAUCGCUACAGGGACCUGAGCAUCUCCGCAGUUGCUGGAGUUGAAGCUAGAGGAUUCAUAUUUGGCCCGCCAAUUGCUUUAGCACUUGGUGCAAAGUUCAUACCAUUGCGUAAGCCUAAGAAGUUGCCAGGUGAGGUUAUUUCAGAAUCUUACGUUCUGGAGUAUGGCACUGACUCCUUGGAAAUGCAUGUUGGAGCUGUUCAGCCAGGGGAGCGUGUAAUUAUCAUUGAUGAUUUGGUUGCUACUGGUGGGACACUAUGUGCUGCAAUAAACCUUCUAGAGCGUGUUGGAGCUGAUGUGGUUGAAUGUGCAUGUCUGAUUGGUUUACCUAAAUUUAAGGGUGGUUGCUGGCUAAAUGGAAAACCGGUGUAUGUACUUGUUGACUGCCGACAAUAGGAUAUCAUCCAGGAUAAAUUUUGGUUAGGGAAUAUUUACAUACAAGCUUGUGAUCCAAGGUUGCAACGGAUAUGAACUAUUGUGGGCAAGCAGUCGAUGUUUGAUGAGUCGUGGUAGAAUAGUUAUGGGUAGCUUUACAUGUUCAGUAGUCCUGGGGUUCUCUAUGAAAAUUCUGGAGUUCAGUUAAUUUGUCUUCUUUUUCAUUGUUCCAGUUUUGCACUAAGAAAUUUGAUCUACAUACACUUGGACCUUAAAAGAAAUUUGAAAUAAAAGUUCAUUUUCUUGGAAA